GGGCUAGCGCUGCGCCCGGAGCGCUUCACUGCUCCCGCGUUUAAGCUCCCGCAGCCUCGCGGUGAUGUGGGCGAACUUUGCGGGAGUGUGAGUGUGUGUGCAGUGUGUGUGUGUCCGGUGUGUGUGUGUUUAAACCCCCGUAUGGUAUUGUAUACCUGCUCCGCUGCUGUCCAGAAAGAAGGCGCGGGAGAUGCGAUGCUCUGGAAUGUCGCGCGCAGCGGCUCCCGCGAAAACACGCUCUCGCGCUGGAUUUAAAAAAUGCCUGCGUUCAAAAUUUCUAACAGGUUUUAACGGAUUUAUCCGCCGUGUUUGCACUUGCGGCUGGUUUACGCUGGGUUUAAACGACAAACUGGCCACGUUAGUUGGUGAAACACGUCUAUUUGAUCGAACAGGCUGAUUGAAGCUCGAGGCGCCAUUUUUCAGUCGAAAAAGUGGAAAAUCUGAGGUUGGAAGCCGGUUCCUCUGGAAUUUCAGGACCAUGGACGGCGCCCUUUCCGGCUAGAGAGUUGGGAAUUGUCCGAGUAAAGUACCCUUUCUUGUAGUCUUGCAUCGUCUUGUAUGUCAUAAGGAUAGAACGUCUAAAGAGGCUCCAUCCUUCAAAGGACUGUUAGCCCACACAGUGCGAUGGUCACAUGACUGCAGAGUGAUUGCCAGUCAGCCUGCUUCACUGCUUCACCUGGCUUAGUGACAAAUUGGAGACUACUCCCUCCUCCCUUCCGCACAUGUGCGGCAUCUGCCAUGAAUCUGGCCGUGAAGUUGCGGAGGAACUUGAGGAGGCUGGUCAUCCUCCUCGCCACCUUCUGCAUGGUCAGUGUCAUCAUCUCUGCGUACUACCUGUACACGGGUUCCGCACAAGAGCUGGACUCGGCAGAUCGCGGCAUCGGCCUGGACUGCGACGACCUGCGGGCCUUCCCUUUUAGGCAAGCAGAACCGCGGACCCCGAAGCCCAUGGAUCCGUCAAGGAAGGACCCUGUGGUUCUUGUCUUUGUGGAGAGCCAGUACUCCCAACUAGGGCAGGAUAUCAUUGCCAUUCUGGAAUCCAACCAGUUCCGCUACCAUGCAGAGAUCGCCCCAGGCAAGGGCGACAUCCCACCGCUCACCCACAAGGGCCGUGGGCGCUAUGCACUGGUCAUCUACGAGAAUGCACUCAAGUAUGCAGGGAUGGAUGCAUGGAACCGGGACUUGCUGGACAAGUAUUGUGUGGAGUACAGUGUGGGCGUCAUCGCCUUCCACCGUGCUAGUGAGAACUCCCAGCCUGUCCUGCACCUUAAGGGCUUCCCACUAACGCUACGAACCAACCUAGCACUGCGAGACUGCUGCGUCAACCCUCGCUCGCCUCUACUCUACGUUACGCGAGCAGAGGUUGACCGGGGACCACUCCCUGGCGAAGACUGGACAGUGUUCCAGUCGAACCACUCCACAUAUGAACCUGUGCUGCUGGCUAAGCCGAGGCCCAGCUCGGAUGAUGCAAACAAGCCCACGCAAACAGGAUUGCACGGGCUCCAGGCCACCGUGGUGCAGGACCUGGGCCUCUAUGAUGGGGUACAGCGGGUGUUGUUCGGGCAAGGCCUUGGAUACUGGCUGCAUAGACUUAUACUGGUGGAUGCCAUUGCUUACCUCACAGGCAGGAAACUGUCGCGGUCUCUGGACAGAUACAUCCUUGUGGACAUUGAUGAUAUCUUUGUUGGAAAGAAGGGGACAAGGAUGAACGUGGACGAUGUGAAGGCUCUUCUGGAGACUCAGAACAUGCUGCGGACUCAGAUCUCCAACUUUACCUUCAAUCUGGGCUUCUCUGGAAAGUUUUUCCACACAGGCACACAGGAGGAAGAUGAUGGUGAUGAUCUGCUGCUGAAGUACGUGGACGAGUUCUGGUGGUUUCCUCACAUGUGGAGUCACAUGCAGCCUCACCUCUUCCACAACGAGUCGUCUCUGAUGGAGCAGAUGAUUCUCAACAAGGACUUCGCUCUGGAACAUGGUAUUCCCGUGGAUAUGGGUUAUGCAGUCGCCCCCCACCACUCUGGAGUGUACCCCGUCCACAUGCAGCUGUACGACGCGUGGAAGAGAGCGUGGGGAAUUCAAGUGACCAGCACAGAGGAGUACCCUCACCUGAAACCCGCCCGCUACCGCAAAGGCUUCAUCCACAAUGACAUCAUGGUGCUACCGCGUCAGACCUGUGGUUUGUUCACCCACACCAUCUUCUAUAAGGAAUAUCCUGGAGGCCCAAAAGAGCUGGACAAGAGCAUACGAGGUGGAGAACUUUUCCUCACCGUGCUUCUCAACCCUAUCAGUAUCUUCAUGACUCAUCUCUCUAACUAUGGAAAUGAUCGUCUGGGUCUGUACACCUUCGUAAACCUGGCUAACUUCCUCAAAUGCUGGACCAACCUGAGACUCCACACGCUUCCUCCUCUGCAGCUCGCGCACUACUACUUCACACUCUUCCCCGAGCAGAGGAACCCCCUCUGGCAGAACCCAUGUGAUGACAAGAGACACAAAGACAUCUGGUCUAAAGAGAAGACAUGCGACAGACUCCCCAAGUUUAUGGUUGUUGGACCCCAGAAAACAGGCACCACCGCACUCUACCUCUUCCUUCUCAUGCAUCCCUCCAUCUCCAGCAGCUUCCCCAGCUCCAGGACCUUCGAGGAGGUGCAGUUCUUCAACACCAACAACUACCACAAAGGCAUCGACUGGUACAUGGAGUUUUUCCCCGUACCGUCGAACGUCAGCACAGACUUCUUGUUUGAGAAGAGCGCCAACUACUUCCCAUCAGAAGACACGCCCAAAAGAGCCGCUGCACUGCUGCCCAAAGCCAAGAUCCUCACACUGCUUAUCAACCCCUCUGAUAGAGCCUACAGCUGGUACCAGCACCAGAGAGCUCACGAGGAUCGGGUGGCACUUCGCUUCAGCUUCUAUGAGGUGAUUUCGGCCAAUCAGCACGCUCCGACUGAGCUGCGUUCGUUGCAGAACCGCUGCCUCAUCCCUGGCCUCUACGCCACGCACCUGGAGAGAUGGCUCACCUACUACCCACCCAGCCAGCUGAUGAUAAUCGAUGGGCAGCAGCUGCGGAACGACCCUGCGGCCGUGAUGGACGAGGUGCAGAAGUUUCUGGGCGUUUCUCCACACUUCAACUACUCGCAGGCGCUCACGUUUGAUCCUCAGAAGGGCUUUUGGUGUCAGUUGCUGGAUGGAGGCAGAACCAAGUGCUUGGGAAAAAGCAAAGGCCGCAAAUACCCCCCAAUGGACGCUGAGUCCCGGCAAUUUCUCUCUCGCUUCUACAGGGAUCAUAACAUCGAGCUGUCCAAGCUCCUCCACAGGCUAGGACAGCCGCUCCCUGCAUGGCUUCGCGAGGAACUCCAGAAGGUCAGGUAGCGCUGACCACGUCCCCCAAACCCCUGCAACCCUGCUGCUCCAGGGACCGAGGGUCGGUACCGCAGAGGACUCGAGAGCUUCUCUGGUGCCAGAGGGGGUGGAGACAGAAGAAGAAGUCCACCAAUCAGCACAGCCACUGGACUGGCAAGUGCGAGACUGGGAUUGCAGCACGGCUGUGGCAACACGGACGCUGGAGUAGCAUCUGCAACAUGUUCACCACCAUCAACUACGUCAACUGGAUUCUACCUGAAGGACUCCUGGAGCUGGAUCAGGUGUGCAGGAUCAGGGCUUGAUCAUUCGCAUCACAUAUUUACCCAUUUUGUUUUCUCCUUUUCACCCUAAACGUACUGUAGUCAAUCAAACGAGACGAGAUGUUUGGUGUGUGAGGUUUUUCCUUCCUUCUGCACAAGUAAUGCAAUUUCAUGUACAUCUGUUUGCUGUGUAAAGACUUAAAAAGGCUUUUUUACCACUGCAUGGUACCUAAAACCUAAAGCUCUUCUCAACUCGACUUGACUCGACUCGACUCAACUUCUGUUACGCAAAUGUGCCACCUGAUACCUGGGAACAAGGCAAGACAAAACAAGGCAAGUUUUGUUUAUUAGUAUAGCAACUUUUUCGUACGCUAUUGCAAUUCAAAGUUCUUUACACAAACAGGUAUAAAAUACAAGGAGCAAUCUGGAAUCUAGGGUCUACCCUACCAAGAGGCAAGCACGGCCAACUGUCCUCUCUCUCUCGGACUCCGGUUGCUGAUGGAGACGUAGCAUAAUCUGGGAUUCAAACUCAGUCAAUCGACAAAACAUUGGGGUUAGCGUCUGAGGACGCCUUUGGAAUGAACCAAAACCAGAUCUAAGGAAGUUUUCAUACCUAGAAAAGAGUCUAGACAAGGUUGAUGUGUUUGUUACAUUGCAUUUUGUACAUUUAGUAGUCCAGUUAGGUUUGGUUUUACACUCAAAUCACCUACAAGUGUUGUUGUAACAGGUGUUGUUUCAAAUUCUGCUCCCUUUAGGGUUUAUAAUCAAGGGUUAAUCUACAGUUACAGUAGAUACAGAAUCACAUUGUAAUCUGUUGUACCCAUACUGCUGCCUGAAGCACCAGAACGUUAAUGAAAAUUGCAUUUUGGUGACGAUAGCCUGCCACCACGUCCUGUAAUUAGACAGAAAACUAAACCAUCAAGCGAACUGGACCAUGCUUCAGUAGAUUCAGAUUGAGUCCAGCUCUUUUUUGAUCUUUUGGCCUUCUGGACUGUGGUUUGUGGCACUUUUCAAACCUGGAAUUUUAGUUCGGACCAAACUGAACUGAAAAGUCUGAAAGUCCUGACCAAACAAGGUAUGCGUUAAGUGUCCUAAAGAAAUGACAUCACCAGUUACACUGUCACAGUGCAAGUUUUUAUUGGAAAAAGAAGGAAACAAAACAAGAAACCAAAGAAUAAACUCAAAACUAGGAAAAACUAACAAACAGGAAACAAACUAGGAACACCAGGACUAAACUAGAAACGAGAAACAAAAC